UAUAUGUAUGUAAACAGUGAAAUCACUGCAGCCCUCAGCAGCCGUUGCUAUGGGAACAAGCCCAGCAGGCAGUGCAGCUGCACGGUUCCGAAUUAUCAUGUACGUGCCGGUCACUGUGUCCUGUCAGAAGUCCAGAGUUGGAUACAGAUCCUAACUAUUGACUGAUUCUUACUGCUUUAGAGUUUACUAUUGCUUGUUGAGAUGUCCCGGUCGGUCAUACGCCCUCUAAGCAUCGGAGCCACGGCCCCAGAGUCUCUGUCCGUGCUGCAGCAGCGCCUCCUGGUGGCCGAGGAGCAGACAGAGGAGCUGGUGAGGGACAUGGGGACGCUGGGGGUGUCCAGAGAGCAGCUGCGGAUAAGCAACCACCCCCAGUCUCCAGGUGGGGGUCUCGGCAUGCGGCCACUGAGUCCGGUCAGAGUGCAGCAGGUACUGGGGGCCGGAGGGGAGGGAACGCUGUGGCGGCAGUGUGAGGCGCUGGUGGGACGAGUGUGUCGUUUAGAGAGUCUGAUACACACCGUCAAACUGACCCUCUUCCGCCUGGAGACGGAGAGGGAGCUCAACCCGUCUCACAUAGUGCGUCUGCAAGAGCAGUUAGCAGCUGUACAGGAGCAGUGUGAGGAGGAGCAGCGCUCGUCACAGAGGGAGGUGAUGCGUCUGAGGGAACAGCUGGAGACGGCCUGUCAGGAGAGAGAAGAGGCGCGACAGGAAGCACACACACUCAGACAACAGCUGGACCAUUCAAACCGCUCUAAAGUGGAUGUUGCAGUAGCAGCAGAAGAGCUGAAGAUGGUAAAAGAUCAGAUGAGCCAGAGGCUGCAGCAGGUGAGGGAGGAGCUGGAGGAGGAGAAAACCUCCCGUCUGGAGGCGGAACAAUCCCACAGUGCACUACUGCAGAGAGUGGAGGAGAUGGAGGGAGUGGUCGAGAGAGAGAGAGAACAGGUGAAGCUUCUCCAAGCGGACUGUCACGCCCUGCGUGCUGAUGGACAGGAGACGAGGGCGGAGCUACAGGAGAAGGAUGAGCUUACAGGGCGCUUACAGAAAGAGUGUGAGCAGCUUAGGGACCAAUCAGAGGGGAAGGACACACUCAUAUCAGAGCUGAGCACUGAGUUAAUGAGUGUAAGAGUAGCUCUGCAGAAGCAGCAGCAGGAGAACUGCAGGCUGGUCAAGGAUGGAGAAGAACUGAGAACAGUGGCUGAUAAAGUUCAGGCCUUAAAUUAUCAGUUGGAGGCUCAAUGUUCUGAUCUGAGUUCAGCACUCCGUUCCCUCACUACAGAGAAUGCCCGUCUGCAGACCACUCUUCAGAUGGAGCAGGAGCGUGUCGCUGAGCGUCUGAAGGACCAGGACCUGCUGUUAGACGCUGCUAAAAGAAACAUCCAGGCAGAACUGCAGGGGGCGCUAUCAGACAGGCUGCUACUGAAGAAAGAACUUGAUACCCUGAGGGCAGAUCACUCCAAACUGCAGCAGAGCUCUGCUGCUGCUCUCGAUAUGGCGGCCGCUCAUCAGGACCUGCUGGACAGAACCAUUGAGCGUCUGAGGGGGGAGGUCAGCAGUGCAGCUGCAGAGAGGGAGAACCUGCAGAGAGAGAGGGACGAGGCAAAGACUGAGAUGAGUGUAUUGGUCAGUAAUCUGGAGAAAGAGCGGAUCCCUCUGGAAUCACAGAUCUCAGAUCUGCAGGUGGAGUUAUGUGAGAUGAGCUCCACCCUGCAAAACGUGGAGGAGGAGAACAGGGGGCUGAGGGGACGACUGGCAGCAGUGCAGCACCAGCAGUAUUCUCAGCAGCAGGUGGAGCAGAUGUUGCGGGAAUUGAUGGACAGCAGGAACAAGCUGACCUAUGAGAAGGGCAAUCUGCAGAUUGAAGUGCAGCAGCUGCGGGAGGAACUACAGGUCCAGGGGGCGGAGCACAAAAAACAUCAAACAAACUCACUUUUAGGGAGCAAAUACACACAGGAUGCUGUUCUGCAGGAGGCUCUGGAUGCUGAUCCACUGGACAGCAGAAAACUGUCCACACCAUCCACAAUGGACAAACUAAACAAGAGAGAGGCGGAGCUACUCGAGGCGAGGGCAGAGAUUGUGCGAUUGGUGGAGGAGAUGGACACUAUGAAGCUGCAGCUGCGUAAGGACAGGCACUGCAGGGGGAGGUCUGCACAGCCGGAUGUUGCCAAGCUCAAAACAGCACUUGAGGAGGCUUCUGCCAGGUCAGGUGACCUCUCGAGAGCCAAUCAGGAGCUGGGGGAGAAGGUGUCUGAGCUGGAGAAGCUUGUGUCCUAUCAGAAGUCUCGAAUAAAAGCUCAGAAGGCUCAGCUGAAGCAACACAUGGAUAACAGAGCAGCACUGAGUGGCUCUAAGACACUAAAGGAAGCAGAAAUUCAAAGCCUUGAGCUUUCCAAGAGUGAAUAUGAGAGGAAGUGUUACGAACAGUCUCAGUCAUUACUGCAGAUGCGUAGCGAGAUGGCAAAGCUGCAGGCAGAGCUGCAGAGUCUGUCCUCCAUCCAGCAGGGAGAGCUACAGGCAGAGAGGAGUCUCACUCAAACACUGCAGGAGAAAUGCCAGUCGCUGGAGAAGUGUGUGGAGAGGUUAAGAGAAGAAAGAGAUGAAACAGAUCUGAAGAUGAGGGCGGUCAGCCAAGACUCUCUGCAGAUUGCAGAGAACCUGCAGGAAGCGCACUGCUGGUUCCGGUCCAAGUUUAGCAGCCUGAACAGCGAAACAGAGCAGAACUGUGCAGAACCAGAGGACCAUCCCAAAUCCACAGCAAAUUCUAUAGACAGCAUCCCAGCCUCCCCUGCUGCGGUGGACAUGGACAGGAUGUCAUCCAACAGGACCAGUUACAGCUCUGUUCUGAUGUGUGUUGCAGAGCCAGAACUAGAGCGCUGGGCAUCCACCCUGCAGCGCUGGGAGACAAAGAAAGAGCUAGCUCGCAUCGCAAGUGGAUACAAACAAACAGGACGAGCACACUCACUAACAUGACACCCACACACACAGAUAUAUUCUAUGUGCCUCUUAUUUAUAUUUAUUUACUGUAGGAA